AUGAGCAAUAAAAGAUAAAGCAAUGCAUCUCAAUAAUAACAACAAUAAAAAAAACCUAAUUUUAAUGACUAGCCAACUGUAAUUCCAACUAAAGAUGAUGAUAAAAAGAGUAUGAAUGGUAGUUAAGUAAACGAUUCUCAUGAUGGGAAUUAAUAAUAAUAAUAACAAUCAAAAUUUGAUCUUCCUUAAAUCCCUAAAUUUUAGAGUCUACCUUUAAGAGAUUAUUUUGAUAAUAAAUUAAGUGCUAUACUGUUGGAAGGAUUGAAGGAAAUAGGAAGAUAGAGACCUGAAAAUCCAAUUAGGUUUUUGGGAGAAUAUUUACUCGAGCAGGAUAAAUAAAAAUGA